AUGCCUACCGAGCCUGAUUCACGUAAGGGAAUCACUUCUAGCAGAGCAGGUUACAGGACUCGUGGCAACUUGGAGCUUGGCAUUCAGGCAGCAGAGAAGCUUCUUCAGCUGAGACCGCAGCACGGUGGAACAUAUAUGUUAUUAUCGAAUAUGUACGCUGCAGGUCGGAAAUGGGGAGAAAUCGCAAAGGGUGAGUUAGGGUCGAAUCUAAGGAUCUGUGGGGAUUGUCAUAAUGCAAUUAAGUUCAUAACAAUGGUGAUCAAGCUGGAGAUAAUUGUGAGAGAUGGAAUGCGAUUCCACCAUUUCAGAGGUGGAGAGUGUUCUUGUGGAAAUUACUGGUGA